CCGACUAGUAGGAGGAUCUGAUGUACGGUAGGUACUCUCAGGCUCCACACACAAAACAUCGCUUUUCAACAGGAGUACUCUUACACUUCAGUUUUUAGACUGACACCACAUUUUAUGGUAGGGAUUGUUGUCGCUUUGUUCAAGACUCAAGAAUGAUCUGGAUAAUCACUUUCACAGCAAUACUUCUGCUUCCUGCUUAUGAAUUUUCUGAGGAUAAAGAGGCUAUUCCAAUUAUUCAGCAGUUUGGGCAACUAGGAAAGGAGGUCAUACUGCACUGUCAUACUUCUUUCCCUUAUGUUGAAUGGAGAUUUACUGGAAGAAAAAUUGAGAACAGUAAUUACAUAAAUUUUAAUGGAAGCCGCCAUCUAACUCUAACACACCCAAAGAAACACCACAGCGGUAAUUACAGUUGUCAUUGCCCUCGCAGCAACAAGACUUUAUCCCUAACAGAACUGCAACUUGGACUUCCUCCAGAAAAGCUCCAUAUCCAAUGUUGGUCUUCUAGUUACCCAAAGAACGUCAAUUGUACCUGGGACCUCCAGCCUGAUACCAACUUACAUACCACUUUCCUUACAACCUACAGGUUGGGGUUGAUGGGUCCAAAGCCACCUGAAAAGUGUAUGCAGCUUGAAAAGAAUCCAAACAGCUGCCUGAUAAGUAACUUUCAGAUGUUUGAAGAGUUUCCGUAUCUUCUUAAUGUGACAGCCCUCAACCAGCUGGGAUCGAUAACGCAACUGCACUAUUUCUUCAUGGAGAACAUCAUACGUCCUGAUCCACCAGUCAAUGUCAGCAUAUCCUCCAUAUGCCGAGAAAGCAAGAAAUUAUAUGUACAAUGGCAGCCUCCACCUUCUUGGCCAUAUCUGGAGAUCUUUCCACUGAAGUACAAGGUCCGGUACAGAAAGGCGGGUUAUAAAUUCUUCACAAUGGUUGGACCUUAUGAACAGACAUCUUUAGUUCUCACUGGAAUUCGACCAGGGUCCACUGUUUUUGUCCAGGUGGCUGCCAAAGAAUUUACUGACCUGGGGCACAGCAGUGAUUGGAGUGAAGUAGUCACCGGUCAUCCAUGGAAACCAUUUGAUUUUACAUGUUUCCCUAAUUAAUCAAGAGAUGAUUACACAAUGGCUCCUUCUGCAUCAAAAAAUUCUAAUUGAUAAGAUAUAAGAUACACGACACCAAUGCAUAUCUUCUAUAUGCUGUAUACUCUACAAUUGACCGGGCAUAUCUCAAUAUAUUUCCCACUUUCAAAACAAAAUUGAAAAAAAUUAUUUUCAGGGAUCCAUAUGAUCCGAUUCAUUCACUCAUACUUCCCCACUUUGGGAUAAAAGUUGCAUAAAGGGAAUGUGUCAUCAAAAACUGACCUAUUGUUUAAAUCAAGUUUU